AUGGCGGAGAGCUCGGGAGCAAACGAUGGGGGCCGCCCAUCGCGUCAACCGAUCCCCGCGUCGGGAUUCUCCCCUUUUACAUCGUACAUUUUGGAGACGCCGCUGCCGGAGAAGUGGAAAAUCCCAACGUUCGACAAGUACGAUGGCACGACUAAUCCAGACAAUCACAUGCGGGUCUUCGUGCAUCAGAUGAUGUUCCACGCAGUUAGUGACCCCAUCUGGUGUCGUGUUUUCUCGACUUCUUUGACAGGGGAGGCGUUGAAAUGGUUUUCCGAGCUGUCGGCCGGUAGUAUUGACUCUUUUGCCACUCUGAAGGCAAGGUUUAUCACACAAUUCGCGCCCCUGAAGCCGGCCAUUCUGACGGUCGAUAACCUAGUGAACAUCCGGCAGGAAGAUGGGGAAUCGCUGAGGAGUUAUCUCGAUCGGUACAAUCGGAUGUCAGUCAAGAUAAAGGAUCUCAGCGACGAAAUCGCUCGGCAUCACUUCUCAUAUGGGCUCCAACCGAGAGUUUUCGCGGACAAGAUAAGCCGCAAGAAAUCGAAGACGAUGGAGGAGAUGAGGGAACGAGCGGCCAAGUUCAUACAGAUGGAAGAUAUGCAAGAGUUCCGGGUGAAGAAGAGGGAGAAGGAGGAUGCCGCAACCCCGAAGCCGGCCGCACCUCGGCCAAACAGACCUUUGGCACGGCCCAGCGAGAAGAAACCACCGAAGUUCACGACGUACACCCCCUUGGCCGUUCCUAGGACUAGGAUCCUACAAGAAGCUUUCAGCGCCGAGUCACUUCCCGCGGCCAGAAAGAAGCCCCCACCACUCGAUGUCGACGGUAGUAAGCACUGCCAAUCGUCCUCCGCAAAACCCGGUGAGGAACAGAAGCCCAGUAAGAAGAGCCCCCCGGCCCGGUGGGAGAAGCGGAGAGAGCCCGAACCUGAGAGGCGAAGGAGAGGACCGUCUCGGGCGCAUCAUAGCCCAAGGAGGAGCCGCAGUCGGAGCCACGAUAAACCCCUCAGGGGUUAUAUCAAUACCAUCUCCGGAGGUUUCGCCGGAGGAGGAUCGAGCUCAGCAGCUCGAAAGAGGCACGUUCGGGCGCUAAAGUCGGUUCAUCUGGUGGAAAAGAAGAUCCGGUCGAUGCCCCCCAUCACGUUUACGGACGACGACUUCAAGGCGCCCGACCCUGAUCAUGAUGAUCCGAUGGUCAUCUCUAUAGAGGUAGCCAAGUACGGGAUUGGGAAGGUGCUGGUUGACCAAGGAAGUUCCGUCAACAUCUUAUACUGGAAGACUUUCCGGAAGAUGAACCUGUCUGAGGAUCUAAUCGUCCCAUAUAACGAGCAGAUCGUCGGUUUCUCUGGCGAGCGAGUUGACACAAGGGGCUACCUGGACCUUCGUACCAAGAUCGGCUCGCGGAAGGACGGCCGAGAGGUAAGGGUUAGAUUCCUUUUAGUUGAAGCUAACACCUCCUACAAUGUAUUGUUAGGGAGACCUUGUCUGAACGCGUUCGGAGCGAUCGUAUCCACUCUGCACCUAGCCAUGAAGUUCCCGUCGGACAAGGGGACAAUAUGCACGGUGCACGCAGAUCAACAAAUCGCCAGGCAGUGCUAUGCCGCAGGAUUGAGGAUCACUCCUUAUAGUCGUCCGCGGAAGCAGCACCGCUCAGAGCCAGAAGGAGAAAUCAAGGAGAUCCCGCUCGGGAGCCAACCCGGACAAGUCACCAAGAUUGGGGGAGCCCUAAACGCGGAGGAAGAAGAGCUCCUAAGGGCGGUGAUCUUGGAGAACAAAGAUCUGUUCGCAUGGUCGAGCGCUGACAUGCCGGGCGUCCACCCUGAUGUAAUGUCCCAUAAGCUGGCCAUCUUCCGGGAAGCCCGCCCGGUUGCUCAAAAGAAGAGAAAAAUGGGAGAGGAGCGUAGGAGAGCGGUCGAGGAGGAGGUCAGGAAGCUAGAGGGAGCUGGUUUCAUCAAAGAGAUCAAGUAUACUACGUGA